GAAGGCUCGUGUAGAAGAGCGGGCUUGUAACAGGCGGAGGAUGCGUGCGCGUUCCACCGGCAUCCCAAACGCUGAGAAACGCGUGCCGUGGUGACGGAUGUAAAUAGAUUGGACUCGGACGUGGUGACUUGACCACUUCCGUAAUUCCCGUUACAAAUUAUGCUUAUGACCGGCUGACACCUACUUUAUAAUGGACUGUCCCAUGCCCAGGGGCCUCACAGCCAACCCAGGUAGCCCACCACUUGUAUUCCUGUGUGCAGGUUUUGCCGCCUUUCGUCGUCUGACCCAUCAUGGGAGACAAGGUCCUGUCAGAGAAACCCUCCAUUGAAGACACUCACACUAUCAAGUCUUCACCUCGCAAGUUCGAGGGCUUCUUCCAGAGGAAGAAAGAUAAGAACGAACAGGAAAAGGUGGAUGCCACGGAUGUUGAUACCAAACCAAUCGAGCAACCUCCACCAUCCGUCGGAUUCGCGGAGCUCUUUCGGUAUGCUACUCCGUUCGAGUUGUCCCUGAAUGCCAUUGGGGUUGUCGGCGCUGUAGCUGCAGGCGCCGCUCAGGUAUGCCAUCACGGUUCGACUUUCACCCGUUCACUGAUGCACGGCUCCAGCCUCUUAUGACUCUGGUUUUUGGAAGAUUGAUUGAAGACUUCGUUGCGUUCACCACUGAGUUGGAGAUUUAUCAAUCGGCAGAGUUAUCUGGAAACGCCACUGCAAUAUCCUCCGCGAAGCAGAAUUUUGAUUCCGCUGCAAGCGAGUUUCGCACCGGAGCUGCUCAGGAUGCUUCCUAC